ACCCGCCGUCGCCGGCAGUCGCAACUAGCUUUUUUUGUUCUCCGGUGUUUCGGAGGUGGGAGAAGGCAUACUACACAUUCAAGAAAUGGAAUCCAUGGCGAGGAGUAGCGGGCGCGGUCUUUGGGAAUCUCUAUACCGUGUUCUCAUGCGCCGGAACUCCGUCUACGUCACUUUCGUCGUCGCCGGAGCUUUCGCCGGAGAACGGAUUGUAGACUAUGGAGUCCACAAGCUCUGGGAAUAUAAUAAUGUUGGGGUAAGAUUUUGA